CAUUUUGCAACUGGGCAACAAAAAUCUAUCAUGGCGUCGGGGAAUGCUACCGUGAAGGCUGUCAUCAGCGGGGACACUGUCGUGCUUGUAGGCGCAUCUAAGAAUGGACCUCCUCCUGAGCUCAUGCUGACGCUGUCGUCGCUGCAAGCGCCCAAGCUUGCGCGCACGGCCGAGCAAACAGACGAGCCGUAUGCGUUUGCCAGUCGCGAAUUCCUCCGCAAAUUGUUGAUUGGGAAGCCUGUACGAUUCAAGGUGGACUACCGUGUCGCUGCUAUCAACCGUGACUUUGGAUCGGUCUACUUCAACGGCGAAAACGUCGGGCUGGCCGUGGCCCGUGAAGGGUUUGCCAAAGUCAAGUCGAUGGAACAAAGCCGCGAUGGCGCAUCCCCGGAUCACGAAGAACUGCUUCGUCUCGAACAAGUCGCGCAGUCGGAAAAGAAGGGUAUCUACAGCGAAGACGCCGUGACCGCCGCGUUGCAUGUCGACUGGAAUGGCCCGAGCUCGGAUGAACUGCUCGGGCGCUUCAAAGGCCAACAAACUCCUGCAAUUAUUGAAGGUGUCCGUGAUGGCGCGAGCAUGCGCGUGAUCCUCCUCAAGACGAUGCAAAUCAUCAACUUUUCCCUGGCGGGUGUGCAAUGCCCUCGCUUAAAUCCACCUGUUGGGUCCGACCAAACUGGCCCGGCGCCGUUCGCCCGAGAGGCCAAGUUGUUCACGGAGGUGCGGCUGUUGCACCGCCAAGUCCAUGUCAAGCUUGAAGGCGUCGACAAGUUCGGGAACCUCUUUGGUAGUGUCGUGCACCCGUCGGGACACAAUAUCAGUAUCGAACUUCUCAAGGAAGGCCUCGGCAAGAUGUCGGACUGGAGCUCCGAGUUUACGAGCGUGGCGAAUCGGACGGAAAUGCGCAACGCUGAGAAGCUGGCCAAACUCAACAAGACUCGCGUGUGGGUCAAUUAUGUAGCCCCCGUGCUCCAGGCCACCGAGAGCCACCUGACGGGUCUAGUUGUCGAAGUCGUGUCCGGGGACUGCGUCGUCGUGGCGCUCAAGCCCAACAACAACGAGAUGCGCUUGUACUUGUCGUCGAUUCGCGCGCCACGAUUAGGCAAUGCCCGCCGCGAAGAACCCAACGCUCCGUACUCAGUGGACGCCAAGGAAGCACUCCGCAACAAGUGCAUUGGUCGCGUCGUAUCGAUUGAAGUAGAAUACGAGCGCAACAACGCGCAGAACGACGCGGGCUCGUUGCUGACGUUUGCCAGCGUGUUCCUCGAACCAGCUGCCCAGAAGAAGAAAGGCGACUCGGCUCCAGCCGAACGAAUCAACUUGGGCGAGCAGUUGCUGUUGGACGGGUUUGGCGAAGUUGUUCGUCACAAGCAAGAUGAGGAAAAGUCGGGAUACUACGAUGCGCUCGUGGCAGCCGAAGCCGCGGCCCGCGCCGCCAAGCGCGGCCAGUUCUCCGGCAAGCCGUCGCCUGAGGCCCGAGUGACCGACCUCUGCUUCGACGGAAACAAAGCCAAGCAAUACCUGCCGUUCCUGCAGCGUGAAAAGACGCUGCGCGCAGUCGUCGAACAAGUGUAUGCUGGCAACCGGUUCAAGAUCUUUAUCCCCAAGGAGAACUGCAUGGUGAACUAUGUGUUGGCUGGCAUUAAGUGCCCGCAACCCGCGCGACCGUCCAAGGAAGCCGAACCGUAUGGCGAAGACGCGCGCAAGUUUUCCCGGCGUGCUGUGAACCAGCGCAACGUGAUUGUCGAGAUCGAAGACAUGGAUCGAGCCGGCAAUGUUUUCGGACCGCUCUAUGUUGGCCAGAAAGACGUGAAAAACAACAUUGGGUGCCAACUCUUGGCCGCCGGGUACGGCCGCGCGGACGAUUUCUCCAUUGACCGAACAUCCACCGCGUCCGACUUGCUCAAGGCUCAAGAGGCGGCCAAGACUGCACGAAAAAACAUUUGGAAGAACGUGAUCCCGGAGGAAGCCACCGCGGCGGCCCCCGUUGUCCGCAAAACGGCCGACGACGUCUGGCCCGUCGUGCGCCUCUCUGAGAUCGUGAGCCACACACACUUCUUUGUGCAAAACAUCAGUGACCGCAUCGUGACGACUCUGGAAGAGCAGUUGCGUGCAUGGACGGCCUCGGUCGGUGUCGACGGCAAGACGACCGAACUGCGCAAGGGUGCUUUGGUCGCCGCUUUAUUUGAUGACGGACAAGGUCCGCUGUGGAACCGCGCGCGCAUCGAGUCGAUUUCCCCUCAAACUGUUCGCGUCCGCUUCAUUGACUACGGCAAUGUGGAAGUGCUCCCCGUGACGCGGCUCCGACCGCUCGACCCCACGAUGAUGUCGUUGCCUGGCCAGGCCAAGGAAUGCGUUUUGGGAUUCGUCAAAUCUGCCGAGGCGAACCACGACUACGCAGCGGACGCUGCGCAAAUGCUCAGCGACAUUGCAUGGGGCAAGACGUUAACUGGAGUCGUACACGGCCGCGAUGAAUCCGGACGGUUCCAAGUGUCUCUGUUCGUGAACGACAAGAGCGUGGGCGAAACGCUGCUCGAGAGUGGUGUCGCCCGCGUCGACCGCAAGUCAUUCAAAGUUGCCCAGUCGUACCAGAAGAAGGUUGUGGACGGACUCUUGACCGCACAGGACGCUGCCAAACGCCGUCGGUUGUGUUUGUGGCAGUAUGGCGACAUCGAGUCGGACGAUGAGUAGAAAGCGUAGCUGGUUCAUAAAUAGAAGGGUGCCUUUGCCAUGCCUUUGCAUGAUGGGCACGUGGAGAUGA